GAAGGCUGGUUUAAAUUCCCACACGGAACUAUUGAGAGUUUUGGUGUCUAGACCGACCAGAGAAGCUGCAGUACAAGAAUCUGAACUGUAUUAAAAACAUUUUGGACAGAAACAAAAUGUCUGCCGAAACUCAAAUGGAGAGGAAGAUCAUUGAUUUCUUGAGACAAAAUGGGAAAAGCAUAGCUUUGACAAUUGCUAAAGAAAUCGGACUUGACAAAUCCACCGUGAACAGACAUUUGUACAACCUACAGAGAUCAAACCAGGUGUUUAACUCUAACGAAAAGCCUCCUGUUUGGGAUCUAAUGGAGAAGACGAAUGGGAUCAAACAAACAGUCAAAACACCAGAGCAAAAGUCUCUGACGACGACAGCAGAAACAUGUGAAGAGAAACACGUAAGGGAUCUGCUGAAAUCAGGAGGUUUAAAAGCCUGUCAGAUCGCUAAAGACUUGGGACAACCAAGAAAAACCGUAAACAAACAGCUGUACAGUAUGAUGCAGACGGGUAAAGUAAAGAAAUGUGAAAUAAGUAGCUUGUGGCUUCUGGAAGGCGAGGAGAGCAAUGAAAGUCACUCCCAAGAGAGUGAUCAUAGACUGGGGUCAGUCGCAGGGUUGUCUCAAAGUUUUGAUGUGAUCACAAAGCUUGGUGAAGGAGGAUUUGGCUGUGUUUUUAAAGUAAAGCAUAAAUUUGAUGGCAAGAUCUACGCUGUAAAGAAAGUCGUCUUAACUGGGGAAGCUGAUUCCGAGGUGAAGGCAUUGGCCAGACUAGACCAUCCAAACAUAGUGCGCUACAUUACAUGUUGGCCGGAUUCUGAGAGCUGCACAUCAAACCAAGACAGAAACCAAGUGUCCAACACAUCAGGUUCUUCAUCAUGUGGAGUGACCUUUGAUAGAGCUGGCUGUGAAGAGAGGAAUGAUGAAGACGAUGAAGACGAUGAUGAUGACGAUGAUGUCAGUGAUGUCACAUCAAGAAUGGAAAGUCUGGGUUCGACAGCAGAAUUAGCAUCUGCUGCUGGGCCCUCCGGAAACCUGGACCCAUUAAAUCACAGCAGGAUGUAUUUGUUUAUUCAGAUGGAGUUCUGUGAGGGAGGAACACUGACCACGUGGAUACGGGCGAGAAAUCGUAUGAACAAACAGAGAAUCGCGGUGGAAAUCCAUAAAAUAUUUUAUGAAAUUGUCAGUGGAGUGGAAUACAUCCAUUCAAACAGUCUCAUCCACAGAGACUUGAAGCCUGAUAACAUAUUGUUUGGCAUGGAUGGCAAAGUGAAGAUCGGAGACUUUGGGCUGGUGGCGGCACAGACCAAUCACAGCGGUGGUCCUAUAGAGAGGACAAAGAGAAGAGGAACACUGCAAUAUAUGAGUCCUGAACAGGAAAAUAAGAGGAAUUAUGAUGAAAAAACAGACAUUUUCCCUCUUGGACUCAUAUGGUUUGAGAUGCUUUGGAAAUUGUCCACCGGUAUGGAGAGAGCAGAGCUGUUGAAAGAUCUGAGAAAUCAAAGGUUUCCGGAAGGUUUUUGUGACAGUUAUCCAACUGAAAAUAAAUUCAUCGAGAAGAUGCUGUCCUUUGCACCGGAGGACAGGCCACCUGCAAAAGACAUCAAAGAAAAACUUGAGAAGUUUUUCUCUCUGGAUGAGGAUCUGUUAAGCCAGAAAACGAUUUGAGAUUUUUGUAUUUAAACUGCCACAGUAGUUUGGCAGAGUCGACUCAAAAUAAUGUUCUACCGCAGAGUACUUCUGACAGGUGUUCUGAUGAUUUUAUCGAUUUAUUCAUGAUUUAAUGAACUGUUUAAUGAUCUCUCAUUAAGGUGAAAAUAUAAAAUCAUAAAAUGUUGAGAAUAACUGUCAGCUUUUCUAGGAUUUCUUCUAAUAUAUUUUUUAAAAUGUCAAAAGUUGCAUUUCAGUCUCAUUUUGUUUUCAUCUUAAAAAUACAUUUUAAUGAUGUUGUGUGGCUACUUUUUACAAAACCAACCAUGAACGUAAUUUCACAACAUUACUGUAAUGUUGGCUGCAAAAUUAAGUUGUAUUUAUAAUUGCAACUAAAGUAUAAUGUUUGUCAAAGUUACAAUUGGUUCGGUUACAGUGUAACCAGACUGCAACCAAAAUACAACACUGUGUAAUGUGAAGAAAUGUUGUGCUGGCUGGGAACAUUGCUGCUCCUGUUGAUUUUUGACAAAUGUACUAUGUAUGUGGAAUAAAACAGACAGAAAGAAAACUAAAA